AUGAGCAGACAGGACUACAUGAACACUGCGGUGCAAGAGCCCCCUCUUGACUACUCCUUCCGAAACAUCCAGGUGAUUCAAGAUCUGAUGAGCGAGGAGCCAAGGAGAGGGCUGCGACCACUAAGGCGCUCGAAGUCAGGGAAGUUACUGACCCAGUCCCUGUGGCUGAACAACAAUGUCCUCAAUGAGCUGAGAGACUUCCACCAAGUAAUUUCACAGAAGCUGCAGCAUCCAGAGAACCUGGCCUGGAUCGACCUGUCUUUCAAUGACCUGACUUCCAUUGACCCUGUCCUGACCACUUUCUUCAACCUGAGUGUCCUCUACCUCCAUGGCAACAGCAUCCAGCGCCUCGGAGAGGUGAAUAAGCUGGCCAUCCUCCCUCGGCUCCGGAGCCUCACCCUCCACGGGAACCCCAUGGAGGAAGAGAAGGGGUAUCGGCAUUAUGUGCUGUGCACCUUGCCUCGUAUCACCACAUUCGACUUCAGUGGGGUCACCAGAGCAGACCGCACCUCAGCUGAAGUGUGGAAACGCAUGAACAUCAGGCCCAAGAAAAUCCGGAUCAAGCAGGAGGCACUCUGA